AUGGCAGCCGAUAUGACGAAGGUUACCGGUGACGAGAGCUCAGCUGACGACAAACCCGAUCUCGAUGUCUUAAAGUCAGAAAUGGCAAUUCACGCCGGUACGAUUUUGAAACGCUCGCUGAGGGACAAUUCAACAGCACACCCUGAGAUCAACGACUUCAUUCGCGGCGUGUUCUGGAAUGACGACCCGGAGUGCAAGCUUUUCAAGGAUGACAAUGCCAGUAACAACCUUGACUACAGCAGCGGCACAGAAUGGGGAAUCAGUUACAAGUUUGGAGGUUUCACCAGGCCAGAACUGAUUCAUCGCUCUCAUUAUGGAGACCUGCAAUGGCUGCACGCCAUGGCGCUGGGUAUGGACCAGCCGGCGGCGACAAAGGCCAGCAUCUUGCAAUGGAUUGAGAUCAUGUACAGUGUCGCGACAGGAGUUCUGAGUCCAGACACACCGCUCGUAAACACCGAGUUGAGCCGCUGGUUCGACAAUCCUGCACACUACGCCACAGUAGGUGAGCUGUUGACGCACCGCCACCCAAGCCCUGCCUUCAUCCCCCAUCGGGCCCUUGGCAGCUGCUUCCAUGUCAUCCAAGACUCGUAUGCAAUCGGUCACACGUCACGCGAGAAACUCCCAAACGCGCCAGCCGGCGAAGCGGACCGCUGGGGUGCGGUACUGAACUUCCAUUCUUAUGGUGGUCAGGUAGAAGAUCAGCAUAAGCAUUUCGACCACAGCUCUGAUGACCUGAGCCACAUCGAUUUGAGGAAUCCCAACUCGUGGAACGGUUUGCUUGGUUGCCGCGAAGGACUCGACAAAUGUAUCACGCUGGCUAACUUUUGGCACCGGAAAGCGCCGUGGAAAGAGGUCUACCAUUGUCUCGAUGACACCGUUUUCGCAGUCUCGCCAAAUGCCACCACAAGCAACAAUAUCAUUCAAUAUUAG